AUGUUGGAAGGCCAUGGCUCCUCGGAGCACUCUAGAGACAAUGUGGACUUCUGCACAAUGGGCAUGUUCAUUCUUGACGAUAUAGACUUCGAUGGAACAAGACCAAACGUAAAGAAUGUUCUAGGAGGCGCAGCAUCGUUUGCCGUCGUUGGUGCCCGCUUGGUAACUGGAAGAGAACAUUCGCAGGCCGUGAGCUGGAUUGUGGAUGUUGGCUCCGACUUCCCUCCAGAUGUUCUCGAUCUGCUCAAGUCGUGGGAUACAAACUGUGUAUUCCGGGAGGACCAAAGUCGUUUGACAACCAGGGCCUGGAAUGGUUACGGUCCGAAUGAGAAGCGAGACUUCAAAUACCUGUCCCCGAAGUUGCGCCUGGAACCAGAAAUGCUGUCUGAUGCUCAGGUGUUCUCCAAGACCUUCCACAUGGUCUGCUCCUCUUCGCGUUGCAUUUCGAUUGUACAAACAAUCCUGCGCAGACGGGAGGAGCUACAGCGAGCAGGCAAAGCUCCCCAAGUGGAGCACGCUGCGAAAAGACCUAUUUUCGUUUGGGAACCUGUGCCGGAUCUAUGCACGCCAGAAGAGCAAGAGCGGUUCCUUGCGGCAAACCAAGUUGUAGAUGUUGUGAGCCCCAACGAACUGGAACUCGGAAUGAUGUUUGGUCAGCCUGGUUGGAGCGAGGACACCGACUAUGGGAAGAGCAUCGUCAAGAAGAUCCUUGAGUCAGGUAUUGGUCCUGAUGGGAACGGGCAUUUGGUUAUCAGAGCCGGUAAAGACGGUAGCUACUCUUACUCUAGAUCCCAGAGGGUCUGGCUGCCCGCCUACCAUCAGCCCAGUGCUUCAGGGGUGUCAGCGGUAGUUGACCCCACUGGCGCGGGCAAUUCUUUUCUGGGUGCCCUGACACAGGGCAUGGUCAGUGCAGGCAGAAAACCAGCCAAUCUUAUCGACUCAGUCCUCGCAGGAUCUACGGCAUGGCAGGAAGCAGUGCAAGCUGCUGCACAGCAUAGCCAGGUCUUGACGGCCUUGAUUUUCGCUACUGUGGCGGCCAGCUUCGUGGUGGAGCAGAUCGGAGUGCCGCGCAUGUCUACAUCCAGUGAUGGAAAGGAGCUUUGGAACGAGACUGAGUUCACGGAACGGGUCCGUCUGUACACACAGCGCUUGUAUCGAACAUUGGAAGAGUCUCCUCAGAAGCACUUUCAGAUCAACUGA